GAGGAAGUCGAAGCAAAAAAGUUAAUGUCUCCUUUUCAUUGGGUUACAGGCUUCCGGAGGCAGUUCCUAGUCCUAGCCAAUGCGCGGCCAAGAGGGAAGUGGAAGAUAUUAUUCAGAACUUCCCGGCCACAUUCAUCGGAGGGAAGAGGCGCAAAUCCGGCGGUCCAUUAAGAGCGUCACUUAAUAACUUAUAUUCAAUAGACUGAGUGCUGCACUUCAGUAAGAUGGCAUACAUGAUCGUAGAGGAGAAAAACGAUUCAAUCCUUCGCCUUUCGAGGUCUCCCGGUACUAGAUCCUGGUCUGUAUUAGUUGGAAUUGGUUCAAUUGGUUUAGCUGCUGCCUACUACAGUACAGACAGUUGGGCAUGGAAAUUAUUCUACAUGGCUGGGUGCUUUUUUGUGGCCAUCCAAAACUUGGAAGACUGGGAGGAAGUUGUGUUUGACAAGAUUAAAGGGACUGCAAUUCUUAAAAAUUUCAACCUUUAUACAAGGAUAUUGACCAUGUGGACUAACUGUCAUGAGCAAGUCGUGGCACAGCUUCAGCACAUUCGUGACGUGUCUGUGGAGGAGGAGAGGAUCCGCUAUUUGGGCAAAGGUUAUGUGGUGGUACUGAAGUUUGCAACGGGAUUUUCACACCCACUUACCCAAAGCGCAGUGCUAGGUAAUCAAAGUGAUGUCGGUGCCAUAGCAGAACUUAUCGUGAACUUUCUAAACCUUAACAGACCUGCGCUUGAUGAGAAACCAGAAUUAUCUCCAGACAGCAGUGAUGAGACCGGCAGUGACAAUGAGAAGAACUGAAGAUUAAUGGCAGAAAGCAGUUCAGACAUUAAGAACACAACCAAUUGAAAACCAAAGGCUUUUAACAUCUGACAGAGUUGUGGAACAUUUAAAGAAGUAAUCUAUUAACAUACCAGUUGUGAGAAUACAUAGCAAUCAAUAUGGCAGUCUAACUAUUCAUGAGCUGCUAUGGGACAAACAUUUUCCCUGGUGAAAUAAACUCUAAUCUUCACA